AUGGAAUGGAUAAAUUCACUACCCAAAAUCGAGCUUCAUGCUCAUCUCAACGGCUCCAUAAGAGACUCCACACUUCUUGAGCUUGCUAGGGUUCUUGGUGAUAAAGGCGUUAUAGUGUUCACCGAUGUUGAAGAUGUCAUUCGGAAAAAUACUCGAUCUUUGGUUGAAGUCUUCAAGUUAUUCGAUUUGAUUCAUAAGCUCACUACUGAUCACCAAACUGUGACAAGGAUCACCAGAGAAGUUGUUGAAGACUUUGCUAAAGAAAAUGUGGUAUAUCUCGAGUUACGAACAACUCCAAAGAGGAACGAUUCGAUAGGUAUGAGUAAACGUUCUUAUAUGAAAGCGGUAAUCGAGGGUCUGAGAUCUAUCAGUGAAGUCGAUAUUGAGUUUGUUGCGGCAUCUGAUUCUCAAAAACUAGACAAUGUGUGUGAUGGGAUUCAGAGGAAGAAGAUUUUUGUUAGACUUCUUCUUAGUAUUGAUCGUAGAGAAACAACCGAGUCUGCAAUUGAAACGGUUAAGCUCGCAUUAGAAAUGAGAAAUGUCGGGGUCGUUGGUAUUGAUCUUUCAGGGAAUCCUCUGGUUGGAGAAUGGAGCACUUUCUUGCCUGCAUUACAAUUCGCUAGAGACAAUGAUCUUCACAUUACUCUUCACUGUGGAGAGGUCCCCAAUCCGAAAGAAAUCCAAGAUAUGCUUGAUUUCAAACCGCAUCGAAUUGGUCAUGCCUGUUUCUUCAAAGAUGAAGAUUGGACAAAGUUGAAAUCUUUCAAGAUUCCGGUCGAAAUAUGCCUAACAUCCAACAUUAUAACCAAAUCGAUAUCUUCGAUUGAUAUUCACCAUUUCGCUGAUCUCUACAAUGCAAACCAUCCAUUGAUUCUAUGCACUGAUGAUUUCGGAGUUUUCUCUACUAGUCUCUCCAAUGAGUACGCUCUCGCUGUCCGUUCCUUCGGUCUUAGUAAAAGAGAGACCUUUGCAUUGGCUAAAACCGCCAUAGACGCAACUUUUGCAGAAGAUGAAGUUAAGGAACAACUUAGAUUGAUUUAUGAUUUAGCCUCUCGGGAGUAUGUGUAG